CCUAACAGAAACCGCCUGACCCUACAACGGAAGUGAGGAGGAGAAAAUUAGUCUCCUCUAAGGACAUGGAGUCAGAUAGAUCAGCUCUCUCCCGAUCCCAUCUGAAUAAUCAUAAUUUCUCAAAAAUUACAUUUUUAGGUGUUCACAGAAUGGCCAGCUACAGAUUGUUUGAAGAUGAAGAGCAUGCAAAAGUAUAUACUAAAUAUCGACCACCGUAUCCAAAGGCAUUAUACGACGAAAUCGAAAAUUAUUGCAAGGGAUUGAGCGAAAACGACUUGGACCUGGCUAUAGACGUAGGGUGCGGAAGUGGCCAGAGUACUCUCCCCUUGACCAAAUUUUGUAAACAUGUUAUUGGAAUAGAUAUAAGCAAUGAGCAGAUCUUACAAGCAAGGAAAUCCGCGACCAAUAUCGAUUUCCGGGUAGGCUCCGCGGAGGACCUGAGUUCACAAGGAGACGGAACUGUAGAUCUGGUAACUGUAGGUACAGCCAUUCAUUGGUUGGACAGAUCUAUAUUUAUGAAGGAGGUGGAACGUGUACUGAGACCAGGAGGGGUACUGGCAGUGUAUACCUACGGCUUAGACAUAUUACACAACAAAGAGGCACACGGCCUUGUAUGGGAGGAUCUAUAUAAGAAAACGUUACAAGAUUGUAAUCCUGGCCCACAUAUUCAUAUCAUCAAUGGCUUAAGUUUGAUAGAACUACCAUUCAAAGACUCCAUAAGGUUAGAGCCCUUAUUGGUCGAGAGAGAAGUUGAUGUAGAUUUCUAUAUUGGCUUCAUUAGAUCCUGGUCGCCAUGGCAACUUUUCGAGAAGAAGAACCCAAAGACAGAUAUUUUGACAGUUUUAGCACAACGGCUGAAGGCUCUGUACAAGGAUAGUGUAUCCAAUGAUGUCCAUCAAAUCUCGCUUACCUCGACGACAUAUGCAUUACUUGGAAGAAAAUGAACUUCUCAAUUAGAUUGUAAAAAAGAGAAACUCAGAUUUUGGAUAGUAUACUCAUUCAGGCGCAUUAACCUGGGCUAUGCAAAUAUAUACACUAAACUGAUGCGAAUUUCAAAUCAGUUAAACAAGAGGGGUGUCCUCUGAAUGCAAAAAUAAUGAAUUUCUUUAUUAAAAACAUCCAGAUGUCGAAUUCAGAUUAUUAUUUUGUAUGGGAUUAAAUAGGGGACACCAAGAAUCAUCAUCUGUGGACGAGCAGGGUCAUAUGAGGAAUGGCAUCAAGGAGACAUCAACAGCCAGAAUCAUAUGAUGAUGUGCG